CCCUCCGCCGCAUGUAGACCCGACUGAGCGGAAGCGGAGCGUCAGUCGGUCCCGCUGCCACACCGAGAGGCUGCAGCCUCCCCCCGCCACUCUGCUCCUUCCUCGCCACAACGACUCAUCUGGAUUUAAAAAGACAGAGAGACAAAAAAAACCCAACAACAAACAAAGGAGAAGAAGAAAAACAAAAACCAAUUUGAUUUCCGACGUUACAUGAGAGGGAAAGGAGAGCGGCUCCAGCAGAGAGAAGAGACAUGGCAGCGUUCCGAGUGCUGCUGGGGACUUUACACUACAUGGGACUCUACAUGCAGCUCGGAGUCUCCACGAGGCAGCCCGCACGCGGCCAGCUGGAGAACCACGUCUCUGGGAACGCCAUGUUCACAGAGGUGCCCCACGAUAUGACUGCACAGAGGGGUCAGGACGUGGAGAUGGCGUGCUCCUUCAGAGGGGCGGGGAUGCCCUCGUAUUCACUGGAGAUCCAGUGGUGGUACAUCAGGAACCAUCUGGACUGGACGGACGGACAACCCUGGACGACCAAUGAGGUGGCUCCUGAGGAGGAGACGCCUAAGGAUGCUACAAAGAUAAGCGUCGUGAAGGUUGUAGGAAGCAACAUCUCCCAUAAACUCCGCCUCUCCCGGGUAAAGCCAUCCGACGAAGGCACCUACGAGUGCCGGGUCAUCGACUUCAGCGACGACGCGAGUACCCGCCACCACCGCGUCAGGGCCUACCUGCAGGUGGUGCCGGAGGGCGCCGUCGCCAACGGCAACCGCGACGACAACUUUGAGGGCCUGGACGACACCAAGGGAGGGGUGGCGUUCGUCGGCGGGGACGACGCAGAGUCUCGCGGCGGCACAAAAGAGCAAGCCCACGGCCACCACCAGAGUCACGGGCACCACCAGGAGCACGCCAGGCGGCCGGCGUCGCCGGCCCACCACGGCCACAGCCACGGCGGCGGCGGUCAGCAGCAAAAGGCGGGCCGGGAGCUGAGGAAGAGGGACGCGGACAGUAACCACAGCCACAACGACUGCACCAACGAGCCGAGCUGCGCGCCGUAGACGCCCGGCUCCUUCCACCUGAGCGACAGCGUCCGCAAGGGCCGCAGAAGGCGACGCGUGGCACAGCAUGAACAGCUACUAUUCCCACACUGCACAAAUGGAGAAUCUCUCCAGGUGUCCGGUCGGAGCGCGGCGCCGUAAGCUGUGCCGGGGGAAUGUAGCUGUUUCUUGCUGUGCGUGCGUCCGGGUCGGACUGCUCGCCGUCAGCAAAGCUUCGCUUUGCGACACCCGGCGGACAAAAAAAUAAUAAUUAAAAGACUUGUCUUGCUAUUUACCCCCUUUCACUCUUGUACUUUAGAUACUGUACAUGACACCACCCGGCUUUCAGGCUCAUACUCCCACUGCCUUACUCGCUCGUUUGAUACACACUCAGAAAAAAAGUAUAUUAGACAUUUUGUAACUAGGUCUGUGCCCGGUGCAAGAAGGUUCCUUUUCUUCUGAGGGUGCAGCGAAUGACACCAAACCAGUUAGUAAUCCUUCCAUGGAAAUACGGUCGCAGAAUCUGUGUUUGCCCCGAAAUUCAGCAAUUUCCCUCCAUCUCUAUUCCCGGGGGGAGGACAACACGCUGUCUUCAGCAGACGCUCAUCAAGGUCCCAGCGCAGCAGCGCUCAUCAAGGGCAGAUAAGGCCUCAGUUCAUUUGUGUCGGAGUAAACACAGUGGCAAAAUCACAGGCUGUAUUUUCAUCACAGCUCCUAGCUUAUGAACCUGCAGUGCAAGAGCAGAGAUGAUAUUUGCCCCCCUCCCCUCCCUCCCCCCUCGUGCUGUUCAGGCUCUGUCCCAUGUUCCCCCCAAUCUGGUUUGAAAGCCAUGAAAAAAAAAAAUCGGUGCCACUGAAAUAACCCGGCAUGGCGCGUCUCUGAAUUCGCUCUAUGACGAGACAUCUAUGGGAAGAGUAGUGAUUUAUUCCCACAUCCCAAUUCUCCGGCUCGGUGAUCAAUCAUUUGAAAAGCCUCAAUCCACUCUGUAUAUAUGACUGUAUAAAAGGAAAUAAAGUGCAUGUUGAGUAAUUUUACUAAAUUGUUUUCAACCAACCAAAAGAAAAUUUGUUAGUUAGACAAUUUAUGUUAUUUGUUUGGUCCUUUUAAAAUUAUUUUUUUCUUUAUUUGUACUUUGGAAGUCCUGUUGAAUAGAGCUCUCUAUUCAAAAAUCCGUUUUCUCUUCACUGCUCUCCAGAAGUGCUGUACAGACCGAUGAAUGACAUGUUCUCUUCUUAGCUGCUCACAAAGGGAUUUCCCUCGUGUAUCUUAGUACUUCGCCAGUGUUCCUCAAAGCCACCGUCCUGUGAGUGUUUUUAUCCGCUUGAAAGUGGGAUUCUUUUGGUUCAGGUUGCGACUGUGGUUCUGAAAAGAUACGAGAGGCCAUCUUCUGCCAACGUUGAAACUGGAUGAGGGUCUCGCUCUGUUCAGACGCUCGCUCCGAGGGGAUCACUGAAAUUGUCUCUCCGUCCUGCCUCCACGUCCAGCCUGUGUCUGGAGGCCGUGCGGGGGCUUCGCCUCCCCGCUGUUAUCCAUCACACCAACUACAGCCGGCUGUCCCUGUGGACUGAAACGAUGUUACGCCGAGCGAUCACUGUAAAGAAGAAAAGGGGGAACAGAGGUGUAAUGUACAUUUCUUCUAGAACGUUCAAUCUCACACUAAGUGUAUGGCUUUAUCAAAUGAAAUAAAAUUGUAUAGGAAUAA